GGCACGUAGCACAUCCGUCACCAUCAGAAUCGCCACUACCAUGAUGCUUCUCUUGUCAUAACGUUACUUCGAGACGGCGAGGGCGAGUUCCCCCUAUACCAUCUGUUCGUUUCUUUACUCUUCCAGCCUUCUGGCUCUGUCAGAGACGGAAUGUUCGCUCGACAAGUUGCCUCUCGGCACGCGACGCUCUCUACAAUCCCAGUGCAACGAGCUCUCUGCCGACAACUUCGACCGUUCGCGAAACAAACGAGACAAACGAGACGAAUAUCAUUCCUACCAUGGCGCCGACAAAAGUCGCCCUCAGACUUGCCGGUUUAUUUCCCUAAACCCAUCGUUCAACGGCGGUCCUAUGGCCCGAGCCUCCGUCGACGGAUCGGACGAGCCGUCUUCACAACCAUUGUCUUAUAUACCUGCUGGCAAAUAUUUGCCACCGUCGUAUUCGAUCCACUACUCGAUUGGGCUGACGAAGAAUGGGAAGCCUUGUCCGACAAGGAGAAGGAGGAGGUGCAGAACAUGGAGGAGGACGAGCCCAUGUUAUUCCUGCCGUUCCCAUUCACCACCAAGGAGGUCAAGCAGCCGCCGUACCGGGGUUCUGACCCGGAAUGGGAGAUGUUUGUCAAGGUGAACCAGGACACGAAGCUCCAAAAGGAAAUCAAAUUCGGCUUAGCGGAUGAAAUCAAACGAGGAGUUGAGAAAAACCCAGCAUUCGUUCGGCUAUUGGGUGGUGGUGCUAUCAAGGUCAAGAAGCUCUGGUUGGAUAUCAUAUAUCCACCCUCCCCUCCACCGAAGCAUUAUGUGUCUGGUCUCAUCGUUGAUGAGGAGGGCCUCUUCUGGGGCGAUCGACCCAUAGACUCUACCGCGGCAGGCCACUUGGAUAAAGCCAUCUAUCCCAAGGCAGUCGCAUUGACUACAUGGACGUUUAUCAACUUUCUAUUCAAGCAAACAAUGCAGGAUAUCGCCAAAGUCCUGGGCUUGAACAACCCGAACCCUCCCGAACCUACAUGGCAAUCAGUAACUAUAGACCGUCUCAACGGACAGGGGAACGGGUUUGGAAGCUCCGGAAAACAAACAGUACGGAUACUCGGACAAUCUGAAAGGCCUGCCCAGGGACAGUUCCCGACUGGGAGUGGAGACAUCAUCGGCACUCUCUUCGGCGGCGAGACUCAACUGGACCCUCGUGUCCAGGCCGCCAUACAGGCCGCCUCGCUUACAUUUGCUCGGAACUGGAAACCCACAAAAAGCCCUCCUACCCGGGGUUGCAUCAGAGUCGAUGGAGUAGUAGAACUGCGAGGCAAGACUGCUUGCAUGGCCGUGUACGUCCUGGGAUGGUACGACCCCAAGUUGCGCAAGUUCAUGGGCAUCCAGACUGGUCUCAAGCAUCUAGUCCAGAUCAAACAGCGACCAGCGCCCGGCUAAAGAACCAACAAGGUGUACUAGUUCGGAAAUGUGGUAUGGAAGGCAUCGGGGAGAUAUUUCGCAUAACUUUGCGUGGCGCUCGGGACUGGGUUCUGCUUUGAGAUACCAUAGAAUUCAGAAUAUCACGACUUCCA